GCAUCGGAUUUGCACAACGGAGAACAUCAAAGAUGGCGGGAGCCUCCGACCCGCUGGAGGACAUGCUCUUCACGGAGGUGGACGAGAAGGCGGUGAGCGACCUGGUGGGUUCGCUGGAGUCGCAGCUCGGAGACCGGAAGCCUCCGGACGGAAGCCGGGAGGCGGCGGCCCGCUUCCCCGGGAAGGAGCUCGACACGGCGGCUGCUGCUGAUCCGCAACAAGGGCACCGGGCUCCGGGGUUCACCGGGGAGUCCGGCGCCUCUCCCCCGGUCCCCGGUGCGAGCCGAGCCGCCUCCAGCUCCUCCACCGGGGCCGCGGUGCCCCCCGGAGCCGGGCUGCCGGCUGCUGGAGCUGCUGCCCCGGGACCGGGACCUGGACCGGGACCCGGACCGGGACCCGGAACUUUGCCCACUCCGCCUGCCGCCGCCGCUAGCUUCCCCCGGGCGGCUGUGAACCCCGGUCCGGGUCCCGGUCCGGCUCCCGGUCCCGCUCCCGGUCCGGCUCCAGGUCCCUCCGCCGGCCCGGUGCCGGACGGGUCCCGGUCCGGAUCUCCCGCCCUGCUCAGUUUGAACGGAACCGGCGGAGCUGCAAAGUUGGUGAACUCGCCCGCGGCCCCCCCACCGGCCGGGGGGGGCACCGGGACCAGCGCUGCCGGUCCCGGGACCUCUCAGCCCACGGUCCCGGGACCGGCUCCCACCGUGGUCCUGCAGAGACAGCCCGUCACGCAGAACGGGAUGGACCCGAAGGGGGGGGGGACCCCGGGCGCCCCCCCCACCCCCAGCCCUCAGGUGCUGAACCACACCAAGGUGCUGGUUCCCGGUCCGCCCGGGUCCGGGAGCACCGUCCUCCUGACCAGCACCGCCUCUGCAGUCCCGUCCCCCAUCAGCCAGACCGGGUCCGGUCCGGCUGCCGUCACCCUGACCGGGGUCAAACCCGCCAUGAACGGGCUGGGGGGGGUGAGGCCUGCGGGCCCCAUGGUGGCCGCCUCCCUCCAGCAGCAGAGACCCGCCCUGGUGGCGAGCUCCACCCGGGCCGCCGCCCCUCAGCUUCCCCUGGCGGUCCGGCCCCAGCAGCAGACCACCAUCCAGCUGCCGCCCGGCUUCACCAUGCCUGCAGGUAUGGUUCUGGUGCGGACGGAGACGGGUCAGCUGGUCAUGGUCCCUCAGCAGGUCCUGGCUCAAGCUCAGGCCAAGACCCAGCAGGCCCAGACGGUGGCCAACCUCAACCAGAGAGCGGCCACGCCCACGGCCGGGGCCGCCAUCCGGCUCGGCGCCGCCUCCACGGCUCCUGUCACAGCGCACGCCGUCCGCCUGGCGUCCCCCGCUCCGACCAGGAUGGUUCAGUCCGCCGCCGUGCAGAAGGCCAUCAGCGUGGCGCCCGGGGGUGCAGCGGUGUCGGUGAAAAUGACGACGCCUCAGAAGGCUCCAACGGUGAUAACAGCCGGGGGGGCGCCCGCAGCCAAACCUGCCGCCCCUCUGACCUCCGCGACCCCUGCUGCCACAGCCACGCCCCCCAGCAGAGUCACCGUGGUGUCGCAGGAGAUGCAGGAGAACGUGAAGAAAUGCAAGAACUUCCUGGCCACGCUCAUCAAGCUGGCGUCCCACAACUCCCCCUCGCCAGAUACCUCCAAGAACGUGAAGGCCCUGGUGCAGGACCUGCUGGACGCUAAGAUCGAGCCGGAGGAGUUCACCACGCGGCUGCAGGCGGAGCUGAAGUCCUCCCCUCAGCCCUACCUCAUCCCCUUCCUCAAGAAAAGUCUCCCUGCCCUGCGUCAGUCUCUGCUCAGCAGCCAGCAGUCGCUGAGUGUCCCCAGCACCUCCACCCCCCCGCCCGCCGCCCCCGGCUCCAUCACCGCCAUCAGACCCCGGCUGCCCGUCAGUCCGGCGAGCAGCGCCAUCAAACUCAACACGCCGCUCACUAACGCCACAGCUCUGAACGUGGGCAGAGCCGGAGUUCAGACUGUCCAGACCCGUUCACCGGUGGUCAUCAGUCAGAACCUCCGGACUCAAGCCACGCUCAUCAGAGGAUCGCCCACCGCCGUCGGCAAGAGUCUGGUUCACCUGGCUUCUCAAGCCAAUCAGAAGAAACUCAGCGACCCGGGGGGCGGGACCUUCAGAGAUGACGACGACAUCAACGACGUGGCGUCCAUGGCGGGCGUCAACCUCAACGAGGAGAACGCCCGUAUCCUGGCAACCAGCUCGGAGCUGGUGGGCACAAAGAUCCGCUCGUGUAAAGACGAAGCCUUCCUGCCCCCGGGGCUGCUGCACCGCCGCAUCCUGGACACAGCCAAGAAGCUCGGUGUGAGCGAGGUGCCGCUGGAGGUGGUGAACUUCAUCUCUCACGCCACGCAGUCCCGCCUGCGCUCGCUGCUGGAGACCGUGUCGGCCGUCGCUCAGCACCGCACCGACGGAGGAAAGGAUGAAGAUCAUCACGAGCCGGCGUCAGACGUCCGCUCGCAGCUUCGCUUCUUCGAGCAACUCGAGCGAAUGGAGAAGCAACGGAAAGAUGAACAGGAGAGAGAGAUCCUGCUGAAGGCUGCCAAGAGUCGUGCGAGACAGGAGGACCCGGAGCAGGCUCGCCUGAAGCAGAAGGCCAAAGAGAUGCAGCAGAACGAGUUGGCUCAGAUGAGACAACGAGACGCCAACCUCACGGCCCUCGCCGCCAUCGGACCACGCAGGAAACGCAAGCUGGACUCCCCGGGGGGGGCCGCGGCCGGGCCCGAGGUGGCGUCCGGCUCGGGGGCCGGCCCCUCGGCGUCGCCCACGUCCCGCCAGCAGCAGCGCCAGCGCAUCACUCGCGUGAACCUCAGGGACUUCAUCUUCUGUCUGGAGCAGGACCGCAGCACGGCCCGCUCGCUGAUGCUCUACAAGGCGCUGCUGAAAUGAGUCCAGCAGCCUGAUCCCACGCCAGCUCCUCGCUGUGACCUCACGUCCUCGGAGGCGUCUCGCUCUCGUCUGUCGGCGCUGCAGUACGUCUGUACUCUACUUCCUGGUCAUGUCCCUUUUUUAAUGGCAGGCGUUAGUUUCACAUUUCAGUUCCGUGUUAUUUCGCCGAAGUAACGACCGCGUCACACCAGAACAUCUGAACUAACCCGCGUGCCUUCAUUAAGUCCUGUUCUGAGGUCAGAGGUCAGAGGUCGCAGAUCCCAAACCACCGGUUCCUCUCGUCUCUGGAUCGAGAGUCGGACGACGGUUUUAACGGAAGCGACCCGAACACAAACGCUGCAGCUGGAUCGAUCUGUGAAACAUCGUGAAUGUCUGGAAUCAGCCUGGAGAGGUGACGCUCCGCUCUGAUUGGACGACGCCUCACAGACUCUGUCAGGACGACUUGCUAUUGGUCAACGGUGAAUAUGCAGAUGUCCAAGUUUGCGAGGACGAACCUGACGUGAUCAGUUCUGGUGUGAUCAGGUCUUUAGACAGAUUUUUUAAAACUUUUUUUAUUCCUCGUCUCCACAUCUACUUCCUGGUCCCUACAUUACCCACAGUGCACCUGGUCUGUUGGUGGCAGCUGACGUAUGGUUCUUUCCUCUGAUUGGUACAAACUGGUUCUGGAAACACAGAGGAGGAAACGCCUGGAACGAACACGUGACCAGGUCCAGGUUCCGUCACCUGGGACAUUAACACAUGGAGACGACAUCUAAUCUAAAUCUCUCCCAACGUGUCACUUCCUGUGGUCGUUUUGAACGCCACGCGGAUCAGCUUGUUUUUAACCUUUGCAGAUGAUGGUCACAUGUUCACUGGUCCACUUGGUGAGACGCCGUCGUACCAACAGUUGUUUUAAUGUUCGCGUGACACUCGACCUGAAGGAGCAGUUCAACAUUACUUCCUGUUGUUCACGUCUCUGCAGAACAAAUGUUUUCAAACGGUUUCCUGUCUCUUGUCUUUCCGUUAGCUAGCUGACGCUCACAGCUCCACACUGUGCUAACGUAAGCUAGCUGUUUACUCUUGUUUUCAGACUGAAUGCUAAGCUAGCUAUUUCCUCGCUAGCUUUAUAAUAGGACAUGAACGUGUUGUAGAAACAGGAAGUUAACGAAAAUGUUGAACUGCUCGUUUAAGUCAAAUGAUCGACAGUUUGGUCGCAGGAAGUGGGUUCUUCUUCUAACAGGAAACAGACUCGUUCAGGAAGUUCUUCCUCCUCCUCUUCCUCUCGGGUCACGUGUGAUAAAUCACGUAAUUUUGAUCUCGUCUCCGUUUUAACCACGUGGUGACGUGGUUCAUCGGUGUUACCAUAGAAACCGACCCGCGGUUCAGUAUGGCGUGUAAUGAAUCAUGUGACAUGUGGUGAACCAAUCAGAGCUCCAGGUGGCGUGACGUCAGCGUGGACACGAUGUGACGUUCAAGCCACUCGGCAGGAACGCGACACUUCAACCCCGAACCGUUAACGAAUUUGUAGCUGACGAUGCAGUUUGUUAAUAAAAGUUUAAAGGGGGCGUGUCCGUGGAAGGUUUUAAACGCUUUAAAUGUCUUUUGGUUUCUUUGGUCUGUGUCGUGAAUUGUUGGAACUGAAGCUGUGUGUUCUGUACGUCACUGUCGUCACGGCAACACACUAACAUGUCUGUUGGAAGGAGAAUUUUUGUGAGUAUUUAUAUUUCCUACAUUCUGUACUCGAUCCUGACGCAUUUCAGGAAAUGCAAUUUUACAGUCAUUUGUACCUUUGCAAAAAAAAUUCAAUAAAGAAAAUUAAGACGAA